AUUUUAUUCUCACGACUCUUCCAGUCAUUUUAAGUACUCUCAAAGAAGAAGAAUUAUAAUUGAUCUGCUAGGAAAAAAAGUGAAUUAUUUUGUGAAAAAAGUAUUGGAAAAUUUAAAAGGAAAAUGCUGCUCUUUUGGAGAAUUUUUCUUCUAACAUUCAAUUGCUUAGUGAUUUUUGUGUCUGAGUGUAUUUCAGAAAAGUGGGAAGAUAUUGGAAUAAUUUGUCCAAAUCAGUGUGUCUGCCAGUAUGAACCAUUUUUGGAUUUAUCAAUUGCACGUUGGAUACUUGGAGCCCCAAAAGUAAUUCCCAAUGAGACUGAAGAAUCAGAGAUUACAGAUAAUGAGUCCUUCCUGGACAGUCAUGUUCAAACUGGAAAUCCAUAUGUGAAGAGUGUCACGUGUAUUAUUCAAGCGGAAACGGAUACAAGAAGUCUAUUAGGAUCUCUACCGCAAGACCUGCAUGCUCUCAUUUUACUGUCGUCUGGAUCCACAGAGAAAAUAAUCAUUCACACAGAAGAUUUAUCCACACUCUCAGAACUGACCACACUCGAAAUCCGAGGGUCUCGCGAUAAGAACAUAACUUUACUAAUUGAUAAGUCUCUGCCGGGCUUGCUGUAUGCCAACUUUGAGUCCAUUCAACUUGAGGCAAAUGAAAAGACCACGCGCCGUAGUGACGCUGUAGAUCCAUCUGAGAAUUUCAACUAUGUCCCCGAGAGUGAACGAGUUGAAUAUAAUAUAUCACUAGAAAUUGAGGAAGAAGUGGAAAUUCUGCCCUAUGAAGUCUACAUGAUGGAACAACAGAGAUCCCAAAUUGCCUCAUUCUAUGGCUGGGAAUCUCUGGAAAUUCUCAGGAUGCAUAAUUGUGAAAUGGAUGAACUUCAUUGGGAGGUCUUUGAUGGAUUGGGCAAGCUGCAGCAUCUCUCCUUGGAGCACAAUGACAUCAAAAUUAUCCCAGCUUUUGCCUUCUACGGUACACCAAAUCUUCUAACAUUAUCUCUGGCACACAAUAAAAUUCUCAACAUGAAUUACCGUGAUUUGGCUGGACUACUUCAUCUCAAGACAUUAGAUCUGAGCUACAAUAGUCUCACAAAACUCAGUGAAUUAACAUUUCCACCAUUUCCUGAACUCAAUACCGUCGAUAUACGAGAAAAUCCCAUCAAGUACAUAUUCGAAAGUACUUUUGGUGUCAUGAAUACCAGCAAGGAAAUUUUUCUGGGAACUCAUACAACACCAAUUGAUCUCUCAACAGGAAGUGUCUUUGACAAUCUUCCACUAUUGACAUCACUGACAAUUCUCAAUGCAUCUGUUGAAUCUCUAACUCAAGGCAUUUUUAAAGAUCUUCCCUCUCUAACUUCUCUCAAAGUUCACGGAAAUCUGACCAAAAUUGAAUUUGAUGCUUUUAGUGGGAUGUCCAAAGUUGAGGAAGUCAUUCUAAAUAGAUGUAGCAUCAGAGAAAUAUCAAUGGAUGCAUUCUAUGGUAUAGACAGCAUUCAAAUAAUCGAUCUCUCAAAAAAUCUCAUAUCUUUCCUACCACCAAAUCUCUUCAGUCAGCAAAAGAAUCUUCGGGAAAUCUACCUCAAUGACAAUCAUUUGUCUAAACUUCCACAAUUAUUUUUCGACAAUAUCCCCGCAAAAGUUAUCAGAUUGACAGACAAUCCCUGGAUUUGCAACUGUGACAUGACAUCCUGGAAGCAAGGUGUCACAAAUAAAUUCAGAAGACCCGGAAAAGUUCAAAAAUGUUCAGCAGAAGCUGUUAAAUAUGGACUCUUACCCUGUCGCCCCCUCGAAGGUACAUACUCUUACGGCUAUGACAAUAAAUUAUCUCCAAGAUGUGAUGGAGGACCUGAUCAUGUAAAACAUCGAACAGUGUAUUAUGCCCUAAGAAGGGAUCUCAAGUGUCCGAGAAAAAGAUCAAUUCCAGAGAAGAAAACAAUUAUUCAUGGAAAAGUUCUAUCACCCAAGGAAAAUGAGUAUCAUAUAAUGCUAAAGAGAUUAGACAACAAACCUGUGGAAGAUACUCGAGAACAAGAUAGGCUACUGAAGAUGAAAAAGGAACGACAACGCAUGCAAAAACUAAAAUUUAGUAGGAAUAUUGUUGUGGAACCGAAGAAGAAACAUUAUUACAACACCAACAGAAUGUCCAAUGAUAUCUUAUAAAGCAUUGUAAUACCCUGUGUUUUGUUGUUUUAUGGAUGAAAUAAAGUUUUUUUUUCUUAACAGGGGAAA